GUUCCAAAUGGAACGAAAAACAGCAACAAUAUGAAUGAUUCUGGAUCAUCGAAUGGCCAACAACAACAACAACAACAAAAACGUCGACAACGAACAAUGUUAUAUCGUUGUACAUGGCGUGGUUGUACAUUUCAAUGUUUACAAUGUUAUACAAUUGAACAACAUGUUCGUGUUAUGCAUCUUGGUCGAUCAACAAAAAUGGCUGAUGAAAAUGUAAAGACAUUCAACAACAACAACAGCAAAUCAUCGAUGAUCAAUGAUUUUCAGCAUGAUAAAAAUCGUACCAUCGAUAUCGAAAGUGGUUCGAUCAAUGGCGGUGGUGGUGGUGAUCUUAGCGAUCAUGAAGAAGAAUUUUAUUAUACGGAAAUGGAAAUUCUUGAUGCCGAUCAUCACGAUGAUGAUGAUGAUGAUGAUGAUAACGAAGUAAAUGUCGAUCAUGAUGAUGUCGAUGAUAUUGAUGAUAUCGAUGAAAUGAUGGAUGAUGAUGGUAAAAUAAAUAAAAUUCAUAAUCGAAAAUCAUUGAAAUCUAAAUCAAUAAAUAAUAGUCAAACAACGAAUCUAGUUUCAAAUGAAAAUUUAAAUGAUAUUCUUAUUGAUCAUCAUCAAGAUGGUCCAAUCGAUCUAUCAGCACGUUCGAAUUCAUUAUCAUCUUCAAUGUCGAUACUGCCGUUAAAUACCACCACCACCAAUACAUCAUUAUCAUCAUCAGCAACGAUGACGACAACCACCACCAAUAACAAUACAUCAUCAAUGAUGACUAUUUCAACAGCUUCCAUAAUACCACCAAAAAUGUUUCAUCAACAUCCUCAAACAAAUUUUUCAUCUGCAUCACCAUCAUCAUUAUCAUCAUCAUCAUCAUCAUCAUCGUCAUCAACAUCAGCUUAUUUUUCAUCAUCAUCACCAACAUCAUCGAUAAGAUCCUGGUCAGCUCAAUAUGAUAAUAUUAAUAAUAGUCAAACGAAUAUGAAUAAUGGUAAUGUCAUCAGUAGCAGCAACAGCAAUAAUCAUCAUCAUCACCAUCAACAACAACAACAACAACUAAAUGAAAAUUCAACGAAAAAUAAUGAACAUUUUAAUAAUAAUAAUAAUCAAACAUCGAUUGUAUCGAUGUUGAAUGAUAAUAAUAAAUCAUUGAAUGUGAUUAAAUAUGGUCGUACCAUAGAACCAUCAUCAUCAUCAUCAUCAUCGACAAAUAUUAUUAAUCAAUCGUUGUCGUCGUCGUCAUUGACAUCUACCAUUAUCACCAACAAUGAUACUAAAAUGAUUGAUGAUAAUGUGACAAAUAUAAGGAAAUUGAUUGAAAAUGUUGAAAAAUCAUCAUCAUCUUCAGCAUCAGCAUCUGUCACUGCAACUACGUCCGCAUCAAUAAGUCAUACCAAUACACUUCCUUCAUUUCAAUAUAAUCAUCAUCUUCUUCAGGAAAAUAUUUCAUCAACACCACCACCACCACCAUCGCCUCAAGUUUCAGCAACAACAACAACGAUGAGGCCUACCAAUGGUAAUGUUGUCAAUAAUCAUUCUGCUACUGGUCAUUCAUCAUCGAUAGUGCCUAAUCAUAGUAAUCUAAUACAUAAUGGUUUACCAUUGUUAACAAAUGGCCAUCAUAUGCAUUCGAAUCAGGCAACAACGAUAACACCAAUUUUACCACGAAGACGUGGACGUCCACCUGGUUCAACAAAUAAAAAGAAAAAAUUAUUAUUACAUCAACAGCAGCAACAACAACAGCAAUUAAUCUGUGCAAUGAAUCCAUUGAAUGCAACACCAUUUAUAGCAUCGAUUGCUGCAUCAUUAUCACCAUCAAAUCAUCAUCCUCAUAAUCAUCAUCAAAAUGACAAUAAUAAUGAUAAUCAUCAUCUUCAUCAUCAUCAUCGUAAUCAUCAUCAACAUCAAACAAUAACGAAAAAUCAUCCACAUAAUCAUGGAUCAUUUAAUCAUAUGGAAAAAACAUCAGCAUUUCAUCCACUACAUUCUUCUCCACAUCAUCCACAUCCUCAUCAUCAUCCACUUAAUCAUCAUCUUUCACCAUUUACCACUGGUCACCAUCAUGAUGCUCAUCAUCAUCAUCAUCUUUUUGGUUCAUUAAAAGGAUUAGUUGCAACAAUGGGUGCAUUAAAUAAUGCUGCUGCUGUUGCUGCUGCUGCUGCUGCUCAUCAACAUCAUCAACAUCCUCAUUCUCAACAUCAACAUCAACAUCCUCCUCUUUCAAAUAAUCAUAUGAACGGAAAUACGGGAAAUACUACCACUACGAAUAAUAAUCGAAAACCACGUGGUGAAUCACGUAAAUGUCGUAAAGUUUAUGGUAUGGAUAAUCGUCAAUUAUGGUGUACACAAUGUAAAUGGAAAAAAGCAUGUUCAAGGUUUAUCGAUUGAUUCGAUUUUCAAUGAAUAUUUACCAUCUCGUUGAUCAACGCAAUUUUUCUGCAAUUUUCUGCAAUUUUUCUCAUUCAUUCACUUUGAUUACCCACCAAAAGAAAAUCUAUCGAUUGUUUUUAUUUUCUUCUUCUUCUUCUUCUUCUCAUUUAUGUUUUUCAUUCAUUGUUUUUUCUU